AUGAUGAAGGACGGAGGUUAUAUGCACAACUUCUUAAAACUUAAUGAUAUUCUAACGAAUAGUGAAAAGCAACAGAAUUUUAAAUGUGUACAACCUUAUGAGGAUUUGGGUAAUACGAAAGGGAAAUCCUUUUUAACACUUAUCAUAUUUUUUGUGGGCAUUAUCAAUAUGAAUAUAAUGCUUUUAAGUGAAGUUGUCUUUGUUAUAAUGGCGGUGGUAAAUGGUAAUAAUUUUUUGGAGGCCACCAUGACCAUGUCCUACAUUGGUUUUGUUUUAGUGGGAAAUUGCAAAAUGUUAUUUGUUUGGAGGCAAAAGUCGUCCUUAACUAGAUUUGUUAAUGGUUUGAAGAGGAUAUUUCCCCAAGACUUGGAAUUGCAAGAGUCAUAUCACUUACGCAAAUAUCUGAAGCAGUGUUCCAGAAUAACCAUGAGCUUUUCUUUACUUUAUAUGAUUUUAAUAUGGACUUAUAAUCUCUUUAGCAUUGUACAAUAUGCAAUUUAUGAUCGUUGUUUGAGCAUUCAGCAGAUGGAGCAAACAUUGCCUUAUUUAAUGUAUAUACCCUGGGAUUGGCACAAUCAUUGGUCAUAUUAUGUGUUAUAUGCAGCUCAAGAUCUGGCGGGUUAUACCUCGGCAGCCGGACAAAUAGCUAGUGAUUUAUUUUUAGUGGCCUGUGCCACUCAACUGAUAAUGCACUUUGAUUAUCUCUCCAGUACAAUUGCUCACUAUCAGAGUAAAGUGGGUAAAAGAGGUCUGAGUAUUACACAAGCCCAAGAAGAAGAUAUGAAUUUUUUAAGGAAAAUGACCAAAUAUCAUGCCUAUUUAUUGGAUUUAUCCGAACAAAUCAAUAAUGUUUUCGGUCUACCUUUGCUUUUAAACUUUAUAACUUCGUCUUUUGUUAUCUGUUUUGUGGGCUUUCAGAUUACUAUUGGCGCCACUCCGGAAACUGUAGCCAAAUUGAUUUUAUUUUUAUUCUCCUCAGCAGCCCAAGUCUAUUUGAUAUGUCACUAUGGUCAACUACUAAUAGAUGCAAGCACCAAUGUAGCCCAUGCUGUUUACAAUCAAAAUUGGAUCCCGGCAGAUGUACGUUAUCAAAAGAUGCUGAUUCUAAUAGCAGAACGUGCUCAAAAACCGGUACAGUUAAAGGCCACAACCUUUGUUCAUGUUUCGCGCGGCACCAUGUCGGAGAUCAUGCAAAUUUCGUAUAAAUUCUUUGCGGUUUUAAGGACUAUGACAACUGCUACCACACGUACCAUGAAGCUAGCCACUUUCGACGAUUUUAUGAAAUUGGCCAAUUUCUUUUACACCACCAUUGGUAUUCAACCAUAUAUCAAAGAGGAUGCUUCGAAAGGCAACAACAAUCUUAUGGCAGCAGUGAUAUUUUACUCAGGUGUCAUUAAUAUGAAUUACGUGCUGUUUAGCGAAAUAUUAUAUGUAAUAAUGGCUUUGGUGAAAGGUGAAAAUUUUGUGGAGGCCACCAUGACCAUGUCCUAUAUUGGUUUUGUGUUAGUGGGAAGUUUUAAAAUGUUCUUUGUGUAUAAGAGUAAAAAAGAUUUAACUAAAUUCGUCAAUGGUUUGCAGCAGAUAUUUCCCAAUACGCCAGAACUGCAGGCAGAGUACAAUAUGCCGCAUUAUUUAAAACAAUGUUCCCGCAUAACGCUGAGUUUUUCCGGUCUUUAUAUGAUUCUGAUAUGGACUUAUAAUCUUUUCAGUAUCAUACAGUAUUUGGUAUAUGAAUUAUGGUUGAAUAUACGUGAAGUGGGUCAAACGUUGCCAUAUUUUAUGUAUAUACCCUGGAAUUGGAAUAAUCAUUGGUCGUAUUAUUUACUCUAUGCGUCACAAGAUUUUGCGGGUUAUACCUCGGCAGCUGGACAAAUAUCGGGUGAUUUAAUGCUCACCGCCUUUGCCACACAAUUGAUUAUGCAUUAUGAUUAUGCCUCUUACAAACUUGCCAGCUAUGAGGUGAAGCGUGGUUUAAAGGGUAUAAAUGAAGAGAAAGGUUAUGCUCAGGAUAUGGAUUUCUUAAAGGAAAUGAUACAAUAUCAUACAAAUCUACUAGAUUUAUCUGACCAAUUGAAUAAUGUCUUUGGCAAACCUUUACUUUUAAACUUUGCCACCUCUUCGUUUGUCAUUUGCUUUGUGGGGUUUCAAGUGACCAUAGGAGCUACACCUGACACUAUAGUAAAAUUACUUUUAUUUCUAUUUUCCUCUAUAGCUCAGGUGUAUUUGAUUUGUCAUUAUGGUCAAAAUUUAAUAGAUUCGAGCACCAAUAUAGCUAGAGCUGUUUAUAAUCAAAAUUGGAUUGCUGCCGAUAUACGCUAUCAGAAAAUGUUGAUAUUAAUAGCUGAACGUGCUCAAAAACCUGCUAUUCUAAAGGCUACCUCAUUUGUUUUGGUUUCGAGAGGCACCAUGACAGAGAUCAUGCAAAUAUCUUAUAAAUUUUUCGCUUUACUUAGGACCAUGUAUGUUAAGAAAUGA